AUGGCUCGAAUAAAGCAAACAACAAGGAGAUAUAGGCCGGAUGGUUCCUUUUACCAUUCGAACAGUGAGACUCCAACUUCAGGCGGCUCCAUUAGGGUGCCAGUUAGCAAAGUUUCUGAGCACCCCCCAAACCCCUCUUCUGACCUUCCCCCAACUCCAACUUAUUACUCUCCCUCUUCCUCAAGAGGCACCCCCAGUGAUUCUAUACUGCGGGAACCCGACAGUCAGUACCAGGCCGAGCCUUCAGAACAGGCGCCUGAGGAGAGUCUAGGGGAGGACCCUGCUGGCCCUAGCCGGCAGUCCCUUAGCUCUGGGGAAGGUUCUGAUGACGAUUCGGCCUCGUCAUCCUCUAAUAGCGCCUCUGUUGAGUCAGAGGAGGUCCGAGCAAAAAUAGAUACUGCAAGGGAGUCCUUGUCAACAAAGCAACGGAAAAGCUCUCGGCAACAAAAAAAGCCGUCUGUCAUCUCUGCAGCAAAGUACCGCACCAACGUCCUUAACAGGGCGAAUGACGAGCAGAAAGCAGCCGGAACUCCCAAGGCGGACGCCAACCUGCAGGUGAAGAAGGACCUAGAUUCGGCCUGCUCCAAAGUCAAUGAACUUAAGGCCGAAGUUAAAGGCCUUAAGGAAAAACUUGAGCCUCUUCAAGAGGCCAAGAAUGAGGCCGAGAGGGCCAAGGAGCGGGUGAGCUGCCUGGAGGGGCACCUGGCGAACCAGGAGCAGCAGCUGAAGGCCAAGUUCGAGUCCCGGGCUGAGGAGGAGAAACAGGCCCUUGUCCAACAAAUGAUGGAAAACUACGAAUCCAUCAUGCGGGCGACAUGGGAGGCGGUACAGCCGGGUGUUGAUUUUGGCAUCUGGAAAUCCAUGUUUGAUCAGGAAAACGAGGAUUACAAUGCUGAACUCCUUCGCCGGGCUGAAGAGGAGGAUGCGAAUGGUGAAGAGGCCAACUCCUCUUCAGGAUCCUCCGGGGAUGAAGACGGGGAAGAGGAUGGUGAUGACAAUGAAGAGCAGCCGGCAACUGAUGAUGCGACUGCCAAUGCUGGCAAUCCCUCUGCCCCUUAA